GUGCUUUUUUCUCCCAUGCCAGUCCCUUUUCUUGCACUUUAAUGACAAGGCAGUGCAAAUCGCCAGCACCGAAGAUCGCGCCAGGCAGGAGGAGCCCCAUAACGGCACCUGCCCUUCUCGAAGAGAUGUGGAGUGGACUGUUACCUCCUGGUGUGAAUGAAAGUGAUGUUGACACGAGUUCUGAUGAUGAAGGAACAUGGGAUGGGCCCAUCUUAAAAGAGAAAAGAGAACAAAAGGAUUUGAAAGGUGUUCUGUCUUCUGGCUCUGAGAUUCAGGAACCUGAAAGUAUCACUGAAGGCAAUCCUUUUACAGCAGUGGCAGAUGAAGGACAGGAAUUCCAAACAUGUCCUUCUGGAGUUUCAUUAGAUAUGUGGAAAAAAUUUCAGAGCCUGCAAAAGAAAAACUUUGAAAUGAAAAUCCAAGUCAGUCAGAGUGGCAGGAGGGGAAAGAGAAAGCAUUCCAGAAAAGGUAAAUUAAAAAAGAAAAAUGAAGAAACAACUGAAAGCCCACAAUCAAUAAAAGAAAGCCCGUUGGAAGAGCUUACUAAGUAUUUUGGAAUCAAUGAUAGGUUUAAAUCAAUUUCAAGCAAGGAAGCCCCUCCAAAGUCUGGCCUCGAAAUCAGCAUAGACAGAUCUUUGGCUGAAGGAGAUAUUGCACAAGCCGAGGAACUAAGUGAUAGAUUAGCUACUCGAGAGCUCGGUGUGAAAAUUUCCAAAGCUGUUGCUUGUCGAAAUUUUGUGAAAACAAAGCAAGAUGCAGAAGCUUGUCAAGAAGCCCGGAAGAAAAAGAAGCUUGCAUGGGGGUUUGAAGCCAAGAAAAGAUGGGAAACUAAAAGCAACAUGGGAUACAUGUAGUUAGUUGUGCCUUGGAAGGGGUGGGGGGGGUGACAUUUAAAUCUGAGGGGAAGUGUUUGUUAAUAUUGAAGAUACAUAAAUUAUGUUUUUCAUUGGGUUUUAUUUCCAUUAGUUGUGCAGCUGGGGGAAUCACCGUUGAGUAAUUUAGGCUUGCAUUCCAUACUCUUAAGUAUCUCUGGUAUGUCUCGAAUAUACUCUCUUUCGCCCUGGAAACACAUCCAAUUUAUUUCCUUUCAAAUAUUCUAAAGAUUUAAAUCUCUCGUUUACCUUGUAACUAUUAAAAUACAGUCUAG